UAAGGGGCCGUGGAACUGGCCUCGGCACCGGGAGAGGCUGGACUUCCUGUCUCUCUGUGCUGAAUGGCUGCGAUGGCGCCCGCUCUCACUGACGCAGCAGCUGAAGCACACCAUAUCCGGUUCAAACUGGCUCCCCCAUCCUCCACUUUGUCCCCUGGCAGUGCCGAAAAUAACGGCAACGCCAACAUCCUUAUUGCUGCCAACGGAACCAAAAGAAAAGCCAUUGCUGCAGAGGAUCCCAGUCUAGACUUCCGAAAUAAUCCUACCAAGGAAGAGUUGGGAAAGCUGCAACCACUGGUAGCAUCUUAUCUCUGCUCCGAUGUAACAUCUGUGCCCUCAAAGGAGUCGUUGAAAUUGCAAGGUGUCUUCAGCAAGCAGACGGUCCUUAAAUCUCAUCCUCUCUUAUCUCAGUCCUAUGAACUCCGAGCUGAGCUUUUGGGGAGACAGCCAGUUUUGGAGUUUUCCUUAGAAAAUCUUAGAACCAUGAAUACGAGUGGUCAGACAGCUCUGCCACAAGCACCUGUAAAUGGGUUGGCUAAGAAAUUGACUAAAGGUUCAACACAUUCUGAUCAUGACAAUUCCAAUCCCCUCAAUGCAGGAAAACGAGCUCUCACUUCAUCUUCUCUUCAGGGGGGUGAAAUGGUGGCAUCUGAAUCUGGGGACUUGAAGGGGGGUAUGACCAAUUGCACUCUUCCACAUAGAAGCCUUGAUGUAGAACACACAACUAUAUUUAGCAAUAAUAGCACUGCAAACAAAUCUUCUGUAAAUUCCAUGGAACAGCCGGCACUUCAAGGAAGCAGUAGAUUAUCACCUGGCACAGACUCCAGUUCUAACUUGGGGGGUGUCAAGUUAGAGGAUAAAAAGUCUCCCCUGUCUUCCAUUCUUUUCAGUGCUUUAGAUUCUGACACAAGGAUAACAGCUUUACUACGGAGGCAGGCUGAUAUUGAGAGCCGUGCCCGCAGGUUACAGAAGCGCUUACAGGUUGUGCAAGCCAAGCAGGUGGAGAGGCAUAUACAGCAUCAGCUGGGUGGAUUUUUAGAGAAAACUUUGAGCAAACUGCCAAACUUGGAAUCCUUGAGGCCCCGGAGCCAGUUGAUGCUGACUCGAAAGGCUGAAGCUGCAUUGAGAAAAGCUGCCAGUGAGACCACCACUUCCGAGGGACUUAGCAAUUUCCUGAAAAACGAUUCGAUUUCAGAAGAAUUGGAGAGAUUUACAGCCAGUGGUAUAGCCAAUUUGAGGUGCAGUGAACGAGCAUUUGAUUCAGACGUCACUGACAGUAGCUCAGGAGGAGAGUCUGAUAUCGAAGAGGAGGAACUGUCCAGAGCUGAUCCUGAGCAACGCCAUGUACCCCUGAGACGCAGGUCAGAAUGGAGAUGGGCUGCAGACCGAGCAGCUAUUGUCAGCCGCUGGAACUGGCUUCAGGCUCAUGUUUCUGACUUGGAAUAUCGAAUUCGGCAGCAAACAGAUAUUUACAAACAGAUACGUGCUAAUAAGGGUUUGAUAGUUCUCGGGGAGGCACCUCCCCCAGAGCAUACAACAACAGACUUAUUCCUUCCACUUAGUUCUGAAAUGAAGACAGAUCAUGGGAAUGAUAAAUUGAUCGAAUCCGUUUCUCAGCCACUGGAAAACCAUGGUGCCUCUGGUCAUCCCUCAGAGUCGUUGUCUACCAAAUCAUGUGGAGCAUUGAGACCUGUCAAUGGAGUUAUUAACACUCUUCAGCCUAUCUUGGCAGACCACAUUCCAGGUGACAUCUCUGAUGCUGAAGAACAGUUACAAAAAAAACAACGACUCAAUCUAGUUUCUUCAUCAACUGAUGGCACCUGUGUGGCAGCCCGAACACGUCCUGUGCUGAGCUGUAAGAAACGAAGGCUUGUUCGACCCAACAGCAUCGUUCCUCUUUCCAGGAAGGUUCAUCGGAACAGCACAAUGCGCUCUGGCUGUGAUGUGAACCCCUCCUGCGCACUGUGUGGCUCGGGCAGCACUGUCACCAUGCCUCCAGAAAUUCACUAUGAAGCCCCUCUGUUGGAACGCCUUUCCCAGUUGGACUCUUGUGUUCACCCAGUCCUAGCAUUUCCAGAUGAUGUUCCCACAAGCCUGCACUUCCAGAGCAUGCUGAAAUCUCAGUGGCAGAACAAGCCUUUUGACAAAAUCAAACCUCCCAAAAAGUUUUCACUUAAGCACAGAGCACCCAUGCCAGGCAGCCUGCCAGAUCCAACUCGUAAAGACAGGCACAAGUUGGUCAACUCCUUCCUAACAACAGCCAAGCUGUCCCAUCACCAAAUCCGGCCUGACAGGACCCACAGGCAGCACUUAGACGAUGUGGGGGCCGUGCCUAUGGUAGAGCGAGUGACAGCGCCAAAAGCAGAGCGCUUGCUCAACCCGCCGCCACCUGUGCAUGACCCAAACCCCAGCAAAAUGAGAUUGCGAGACCAUUCAUCUGAGAGAAGUGAAGUGUUCAAGCAUCACACAGACAUGAGCAGUUCCGGCUACUUGGCGGCCGCCCAGCACGCCCCGCACAGCCCCUUGGUGCGACAGCUCUCCACCUCCUCAGACACCUCGGCGCCCACCGGCUCCAGCCCACAGGUUACAGCCAGUGUGUCUCAGCAGCCAGUGAGGAGGAGGCGGGGAGAGAGCUCGUUCGACAUCAACAACAUCGUCAUCCCGAUGUCUGUUGCUGCCACAACUCGGGUCGAGAAACUGCAGUACAAGGAAAUCCUCACGCCCAGCUGGCGGGAGGUCGAUCUUCAGUCUCUGAAGGGGAGUCCUGAUGAGGAAAAUGAGGAGGUCGAGGACUUGUCCGACGCAGCCUUCGCCGCCCUUCAUGCCAAAUGUGAGGAGAUGGAGAGGGCUCGGUGGCUGUGGACCACGAGUGUGCCACCCCAGCGGCGGGGCAGCAGGUCUUACAGGUCAUCAGAUGGCCGGACAACUCCCCAGCUGGGCAGUGCCAACCCCUCCACCCCCCAGCCCGCCUCCCCUGAUGUCAGCAGUAGCCACUCUUUGUCGGAGUUCUCCCACGGUCAGUCCCCGAGGAGCCCCAUCAGCCCGGAACUGCACUCGGCGCCCCUCACCCCUGUGGCUCGGGAUGCACUCCGACACCUAGCCAGUGAAGACACCCGUUGUUCCACACCGGAGCUGGGGCUGGAUGAACAGUCCGUCCAGCCUUGGGAACGGCGAACCUUCCCCUUGGCCUACAGCCCCCAGGCAGAGUGUGAGGACCAGCUGGAUGCGCAGGAACGGGCAGCCCGCUGCACUCGGCGCACCUCAGGCAGCAAGACUGGCCGAGAGGCAGAGGUGGCCCCCACCUCACCUCCCGCUGUCCCCCUCAAGAGUCGGCAUUUGGCGACAACGGUCACAGCUCAGCGUCCAACUCACAGAUGAGCGGGAAACGAGAAUCUAAACAGACUCACUAACUAUUGGCAUUAAAGCUUCAGAAAUCUCUGCGUUUGAUAUUCAAACAUCAUAUGCCGGAAAUUUUCACAGUUUUUAGUGAAUUUAAGGAAUUUAGAUUCUACUUUGGUAUUUUGUUUUGUUUUGUUUUGAUUUUUGUUUUGUUUUGGUUUUGGUUUCCAUGUUUUGUUGUCACACACACCUGAGCACUUCCUCCAGUUGGCAAACAGAAGUUCAGGAUAAGACCCUGCUGGCCUGGUCCUGGCACGUCCUCUGCACUGUUGAAUCACUGGACUUAGCGAUGUUAGAUGACCCCCCCUCUCCUCGCACCCGUGGGCAGGGUGGACUGGCCACAUGGGCCCAGGGAGUGGAAAGCUCCAGCUCAGCGUGACCGCCCUGGGUUCGCAUGGGGGAGAACAGUGUGCUCUGGGCUCCUCCUCGCCCCUCCGCUCCCGUCGCUGGCUGGGUCCCCCUUGGCCAUCUGUGCCAGAGCACCCCCGCCGGAGCCUCUUG